GUGUGGUGGUAGUAGGUCGAAUUCAGGCGACCCAUUGUAAUGUAAAAGAUUAAAUUGGAGUCCUGCUGGCUGGGCCCGUAGGUAGUUAAAGGCGAAGAGACGUAAAAUCAUGGAAGAGGUCUUUCAAAACGGCAAUUAUCAGAGGGAGGCUAACGCCAAUAUGACCGCCAUGGAGACGCAGAAAGAGGACUGCCUGCUCGACCACAUGGAGAUCUCAAUAGUGGAAGCAGAGAAGAGAGCGAAUAGAGCACUUAAUUUAAAAGAAUUCUACACUGUAUACCUCAUUGAAACUAAAAUCACUGAUCCCAAUUUCAAAAAUGCGCUGACUAGAAUAAGCUCGUUAUGGCGGCGAUAUACCGAGUUUGAAUUGCUCCGUGCUUAUCUGGAGAUUUCUUAUCCAUAUAUUGUUUUACCACCGUUACCAGAAAAGAAGGUUCUCUACGCUUGGCAAAAAGUGACGACUGAUACAUUUGAUCCUGACUUUGUUGAUCGCAGAAGAGCUGGACUCGAGAAUUUUCUUAUAAGAGUUGCUUCGCAUCCUAUACUUUCACGAGAUGAACAUUUUAUGGGAUUUCUUCAACAAACAGAUGGUUGGAGAGAAAGUGUUAAAGAAACAGGGUAUUUGCAGAUUGCAGAAUCAAAACUGAAAGCACUUAGCGUAGCGGUGCGACUGAGAAAACCGGACAAACGGUUCGAAACUAUAAAAAAUUAUGGAAUUGAACUGCAGAAUAACUUGUGUAAUCUGCUGCGAGUACGCGCACGGCUUGUGGAAAAACAACACAGUCUAUAUAAGUUGCACGUAAAUUAUGGGCGUGUUUUCAGCGAAUGGAGUGCCAUAGAGAAAGGAAUGGGCGACGAACUACAGAAAUCGGGACACUACUUGGACUCAUUAGCGGCUACAAUAGACACUACGCUCGAGGAGGAAGAGCUUAUAGCAGAUCAGCUGAAGGAGUGGCUAUUUAGUGCAUCGGCGUUGCAGGCUGUGGUUAAACGCAGAGAAGCCCUGCAAUUGGCAAAAGAUGAAGCGCAUGAUGCCUUAACUACUACAUUCGAACAGAAAGACAAAGUCAUGCACGGAAAGACUGGUUUGAUGUCACGCUUAUUCGGUUCUGUAGACACCGAGGAAGUUCGCGAAUUAAAAAUCAUCCAGCUAGAGCAACGAAUUGCGCAGCACGACGAAACUGUGAAGCAAGUGGACGAAGAUUUGAAGUCUUUCUCUAUUAAAGCUAUGAUGGACAUCGACAGGUUCCAGCAUCAAAAGAUCGUCGAUUUAAAAGAGACUUUGGCAGCUUAUUGCAUUCUACAAUUUAAGUUAGCCAGGAAGGGUCUCCAAGCUUGGCAGCACAUCAAAGGUUGUCUCGAAAGUAUACCGUGAAAAAAUCACGGCACUUUGCGGAACAGACUGUCACAGAACAAUAAUUGUCUUUACGUUUCUCAUA